AUGUUUUUCAAAUGGGGGUUUAGAGCCAAUCUUAAGAUUCAUCAAUCUGUAGAAGAUCUGGUGGAACUUAAGACAAAAGAUUCAAAAGAUACUGAGAAAUUCAGUGAUUUUAUUAAAGACCUUUCAAUCAUUGAUGCAAGUAAAAAAUUAUGGCUCCAUCCACUUUUAUUUAAUGGGACUCUUCAAACUAUUUAUUAUGGGAGUGUAGAUGCUUCUAGUCAAUUUAAAAUUUUCUAUGGUAGAGAAAUUUUUACAUAUAAAGAUGGAGGUAUUUGUUCAUUAGAUUAUGUUAUUCCACCUGAACCAAAGGAAAAAUUUGAUCAAUUAUACAAGGAGAAUUUACCAGAAGGAUGGCCAAGAUUAAAUGCUAGAUCAAGGUUUUUCUCUCCAGAAGAAUUAAAAGAAAGAACUUCACAUGAUCAAGAUUUAGAAUCAACUAAACCAAUUUGUGUAGUUCUUCAUGGACUUGGUGGAGGAUCCCAUGAACCACUUAUUCGUAACUUGGCAGAAAAUUUAACUACUGGUAAGAAUAAGGAUAAUUGGGAUGUAGUUGUGAUCAAUUCAAGAGGUUGUUGUCGUACUAAAUUGGUUAGUGAAGUUGUAUUUAGUGCCUUAUCAACUGAAGAUAUUCAUGAAGUUUUAAUUGAAUUGAAAAAGAGAUAUCCUACAAGACCUAUAUAUGCAGUUGGAUUUUCAUUUGGUGCUUGUAUUUUAUCCAGAUUCAUUGCAGAACAAGGGGAAUCUGGAGAAAACUUAGUAAAGGCUUCGUGUCUUAUCGGUUGUCCUUGGGAUAUGGUUGACAGUUCUGAUCAUAUCCUUAAGUCAUGGUCUGGAGCUUAUCUCUUUUCUCCUUCUGUAACAUCAUUUAUGGUAAAACUUGUAAAGAAUAACUAUAAAGAAUUGAGCACUCAUAACCCCAAACUUUAUAAUAAGGAAUCCCUUGAAAGAGCAAAGAAAUUUACUCAUCCACUUGAAAUGGCUGAUGAAUUUACUUGUCAUGAAGUUGGUUUGUCUACAGGACUUGAAUAUUACCAAAAAGGAUCUCCUCAAAAUGUUAUGCAAAAUAUCAAAACUCCUACAUUAAUUUUAAAUUCUACUGAUGAUCCAACCGUUGGAGUUAAGUUACCAAUCGAAAAAGUUAAUGGAAAUCCAUACCUUUGCAUGGUUGAAACUGAUUUAGGAGGACACUUGGGUUACGUUCAAAGAAACGGUGAGUUCUGGUGCCUGGAAUUGGUUGAAGAAUUCUUUUAUAACUUUGAAAACACAUUCGCUUAA